AUGUUCUUCUCAACAUAUGUCUUAACAAAGAAAGGGCCAUUGGCUAAAAUUUGGCUUGCCGCUCAUUGGGAUCGUCGAUUAACCCGCAAUGAAGUUCGUGUGGUGGAUCUUCGUCAAUCUGUGGUGGAUAUUGUCCAACCCGCUGUUCCUAUCGCAUUACGUACCAGUGGGGAGUUACUUGUUGGUGUUGUGCGUAUUUACGCUUUAAAAGUUAAGCAUUUAUUAAAAGAUGCAAUGGAUGCGACCCUCGUCUUGCGAGUGACCACAUUAACCACAAAGUCUGCCUCUACACCUGGUGGAAGUAAUUCAAUCAACAGUAAAGAACAGGAUCCCUCCUCUGCCACUAAAGUAUUAUUGGAUGGAGUGUUAUUAAAUGGCGGUGGAGAUAUUGAGGCAGUGACGUUUGAUUGGAGUAGCGGGGCUUCUGCAAAUGCGGCUGCGGCUGCGGGUGUUGUCGCCUCCGGGAAAACAGAUGCCGAGGCAUUGGAAGCCCGCUUUGAUGAUAUUGCCGAUCUUCUGCAAGGGGCAGUUUUACAGAAAAACAACAGUAUUACUCCUGGAGGUAUUAAUAGUAAUAUUAAUAAUAAUAUUAAUGGGAUAAAUGAAAAGGAUGCCGCCUCUGCUCUUCUCGCCUCUGCGUGGUAUGCAUUGGAGCCAACUUCACAAGCCGUGGAGGAACUUCACACCACACAACAAGACUAUGAUGAGAUUGCCAAGAUGCGUGCAGAUCUUAUGGCGUUUGGUGAUCGUGUCAGUGGAAGCAGCAGCAGUAAAAAAUCCAGUAUUCCAAGUAUUGAAAAGGCCCGUAGUAGUGGUUUAACUGCAGGAGCUGCUGUGUUGGGUGAUCUCGCAGGAUUUCCCCUUCCAGCGGAGGAAUUGGAUAUUGGGGUGCCGCUACCAGAUGAUCCUACAAUGCUGCCAGACUUUAUGAUGCCCGCACCCGGCGGUGAGGACCCAUUAGCCAUUCCUCAUUUACAAGAAGAAGAAGAAGAAGAUGAAGAAAAAGAAAAACAACAACAAUCCACAACAUUACGUAAAGCUCGUCCAACAAAUAUAUUGGAUUUGGCCGCCACAACCGUAUCUGCAGAGACGGUACAGAAAUGGAUGGAUGAUCGCAGUGAUAUUGUGGAAGCCAUUCCUCGUCGUGGACCAUAUGAUGUACAAGAAGUCCGUGAUCGUACACUUUUAUCGGCGGAGUCCAAUAAAGGGGAUUUGUGGGCCGUUGUGAAUGCCGCCCCAUUGGCGUGGAUGCCAAACCCCGCACUGCGUACACUUUACUCAUCUCUUUUAUUACCCGCACUGGAACAGGCAGAGGCUUCUAUUCUACCACUCUAUCAUCAUCCACAACAACAACAACAACAGCAGGAAGAUCCAUUUCAGCAGAUUCCUGCUGGUGGUAUGGAAGAAGAAGAGGCAUUUCUCGCACGUGCUAAUGAAGAUGAAAAUGGGGAAUUCAAUGGUAACAACAAUGCUCUUCAGAACCGUAAACGUGCACUCGAUAAGAGUAACGAGGAUGAUGAGGAUGAUGAGAAUAAUAAUAAUAAUAAUAAUAACGGGAAUCAGAGUAGAAAUGGUGGACUCUCCGCUGCUGCGAUAACUACUUUAAAGCGUAUCCGUGAAGUAUUGGUAACUCCUUCACAACAACAACAACAGCCGCCAAAUAAACGUUCGAAAAAGGAAUCCGCCCCUCGUGAACGUUGUUUAUUGCAGGAAGUCUGUCGUGGAAUGCAUCGUCGUGAGGCGGCCCGUACAUUUGCGAAUGUGUUGGCACUUGCAUCUAAACAACUUGUGUUUGCCCAGCAACCAUCCUCAAGUGGAGAUGUGGAGUUGGGUCUUCUCGCAGCCGCGGAUGGAGUUCUCCUGAAGGUGUAA